GCAUACUCUUUAGUGGACAUAAGCAUGACAAAUGGGAGAAACAGAGACCCUCAGGGGAACCAUCCAGAAGGAGUACAUAGCUGAGCACUGUAGGUUGUUUCUGCUGAAUAGCUGAGACUACGGUAGAAAGCAGGAUGAAUAAGAAACACAGCCCAGUGGUUAGGUACAAAGAGAAACACAAACGGAAGCCUAAGAGAUCUGAGAGCAGACAGGGCACCAGAAACCAUUGUUUUUUAGGUGAUUGUUAGAGAUAAACUCUUCAUGCACAGUUUACCACUGACAGGUUGCUUCUUCUGCAGCAAAUUUACUUAUCCAAUAACUUGACAGAAAUUGAAGUUUGAAUUUGGCAAGUGAAACACCCAGGCUAGACUCUGGAUCCUGCAUUGACAACCGAUCUUCAUAGCCAAUCUUCCAGGAGCCAGAAGCCAAACGAGUCUGGUCUUACAAGACAUUGAUUUCCCUCUAAGCCCACCAAAGCCUUCUAGCUUUGUAGCUCUAGGUAGGGUCCAAUCUUUCACCCACCUUAUAGGCUCCCACUGGGAAAUGGCCGAAUCUCUUAGAACCUUCCCUUGCAGGGAAGCAGGCUUUCAGAGUUUCUGAUACUUGCAUAAAGAGAACUGUCUUAGCAGAAAGGGCCAGGGAAGAGUCUUUCACACACCAGAGCCCCUCUGAACAUCAGAGCUCAGAAGUUCAUUUCAAUGAGUCCCUCUGUGGAGUAUCCGUGUAGGCGGUUCUGACAGGGGGCCUGCAGAACUGUACUAGUGAAGGCUUGGAGCUUUUGCAAGGUUUGCAAGCCAAUCUGGACCCCCUAAAACACUCCUAUCCCCAACCUAAGCCAAGAACUUCCUAUACAAAUUAUUUCCGAGGCAAAGGGCAUAUCCUGCUCUACCAUGCACCCCCACGGUGAGAUCGUGGGCCAGCUGGUGGUGUUAAGAUCUGUGAAAGGGCUUUUGUAAGGAGCCUGCUCUCCCAAGGGCAACUGUGUGUCCCUCCGCCCUCUCUGUCCAGAGCCCUGGGGAAAGGAAGUCAGAAAGGCUAGAAGCCAGUCCUGCAGUUCUGUUGUUCUGCAGUUCCCCCCAACCCCCACCCCGUGGGGGGCAAAGACAGCAGUGAGUUUCUGCUACACUGAGGCCAGGCCCUCACCUGCUGUAUUGUCCUGGGAAACCGAGUCUGUGCUGGGCAGUACCCAGCUGAGCUCUGCGCGGAGUUUUGUUUGGCAACGUCACACCUCCGGAGGACAGCCAGGAGGACUCAGGCUUUUGCUGAGCUGUGCAUCUUGCCUCCUUCCUUCCAAAGGCUUCAGACCCAAGCUCCACUCUCCUCCUCAAGUCGUGGUGCGCGCCCCUGGCCAAGCAUCUCACUGUCCCUCGAGCCCCAUCCAGUCCUAGAGCACACCUCCAGGACCUGCCCUCCUGCUCAGAAUGACUCACCAUUAUUUCCAGCUCAAGUGAGAAGAUGUGACGGGGACUGAGCUGCCUAUUUGUGUAUCUGUGCCAUCAGAUCUGCUCUUCGAAGAAGAGUACCUCAGGCUCCUGCCUGGCCAGCCGAGUGGGGCUGUGUCUCCAACUCACAAAGGGCUCUGGGGCUUUCCUGCAGAAGCUCAGACUUAUGCUUCUGUGUUUCCUGGGGCCGUUAUCAGCACCGAGUUCCCUGCUGCAGGCAGCUGGAAGGCAUUAAAGUAAAGCACACUUCUCAGCCCCAAUUAUGACAGUGGCUACCGGAGACCCAGUGGACGAGGCUGCUGCCCUCCCUGGGCACCCACAAGACACCUAUGACCCAGAGGCAGACCAUGAAUGCUGUGAGAGAGUGGUCAUCAACAUCUCAGGCCUGCGGUUCGAAACUCAGCUAAAGACCUUAGCCCAGUUCCCAGAGACCCUCUUAGGGGACCCCAAGAAACGGAUGAGGUACUUCGAUCCCCUCCGAAAUGAGUACUUUUUUGAUCGCAACCGCCCUAGCUUUGAUGCCAUUUUGUACUACUAUCAGUCUGGGGGCAGGUUGAGGCGACCUGUGAACGUGCCCUUAGAUAUCUUCUCGGAAGAAAUCCGGUUUUAUGAGCUAGGAGAAGAAGCAAUGGAGAUGUUUCGGGAGGAUGAAGGCUACAUCAAGGAAGAAGAGCGUCCUCUGCCUGAAAAUGAGUUUCAGAGACAGGUGUGGCUUCUCUUUGAAUACCCUGAGAGCUCAGGGCCUGCCAGGAUUAUAGCCAUUGUAUCUGUGAUGGUCAUUCUGAUCUCCAUCGUCAGCUUCUGUCUGGAAACCUUGCCCAUCUUCCGGGAUGAGAAUGAGGACAUGCAUGGUGGCGGGGUGACCUUCCACACCUAUUCCAACAGCACCAUCGGGUACCAGCAGUCCACCUCCUUCACCGACCCUUUCUUCAUUGUAGAGACUCUCUGCAUCAUCUGGUUCUCCUUUGAGUUUCUGGUUAGAUUCUUUGCCUGUCCCAGCAAAGCUGGCUUCUUCACCAACAUCAUGAACAUCAUUGACAUUGUGGCUAUCAUCCCUUACUUUAUCACCCUGGGGACAGAGUUAGCUGAGAAGCCAGAGGACGCCCAGCAAGGCCAGCAGGCCAUGUCACUGGCCAUUCUCCGUGUCAUCCGGUUGGUAAGAGUCUUUAGGAUUUUCAAGUUGUCCAGACACUCCAAAGGUCUACAGAUUCUAGGUCAGACCCUCAAAGCUAGCAUGAGGGAAUUGGGCCUCCUGAUAUUCUUCCUCUUCAUUGGGGUCAUCCUCUUCUCUAGUGCUGUCUAUUUUGCAGAAGCUGAUGAGAGAGAUUCCCAGUUCCCCAGCAUCCCGGAUGCUUUCUGGUGGGCAGUCGUCUCCAUGACAACUGUAGGCUAUGGAGACAUGGUUCCAACUACCAUUGGGGGGAAGAUAGUGGGUUCUCUGUGUGCAAUUGCAGGUGUGUUAACCAUUGCCUUACCAGUCCCUGUCAUAGUGUCUAAUUUCAACUACUUCUACCACCGGGAGACAGAGGGAGAGGAGCAGGCCCAGUACUUGCAAGUGACAAGCUGUCCAAAGAUCCCGUCCUCCCCUGACCUAAAGAAAAGUAGAAGUGCCUCUACCAUAAGUAAGUCUGAUUACAUGGAGAUACAGGAGGGAGUUAACAACAGCAAUGAGGACUUUAGAGAGGAGAACUUAAAAACAGCCAACUGUACCUUGGCUAACACAAACUAUGUGAAUAUUACCAAAAUGUUAACUGAUGUCUGAUUGAAGCCUACUAAUGUACUCACAGCUCAACAGGACUGAUGCAGAUGUUGCAUAAUAGCCUGCAUUGUAGUCAGUGUUCUACAGUGUUCUACAGCAUCUGGUUCUGCAUGGAAAGCAAUAGUUCGUGCAAGUGACUUUUGAUCUUUUGAUUUUUGAUUUAGAACACAGAAUAUUUAUCAUGGCUUUCAUGAAAUCUUCAUCACCGACUUACAGGUUUCCAAAGAGGAGAGUCACCCAUGGAGCCAGCAUCUCAGAAAGGCACAAUGCAGCCCCCUCACACCCACACACAACCUACCAUAGCAACACUAUCCUAUCUUCCUACCUAAACAUGAGCACACCUGGGAGGUGCAUUCCCUCCACCCCACCCCUACCACCCUAUUUCAGCCCAUCUGCCCCUUCACAGAGGAACAUACCAUUGUGGCUUAGUUCUAAAGUCUGGUGACUACUCAAAGGUCAUUCUCGGUUUUGUGUUGAGAAGAACACACAGUCCUGUGUGUUGGAACUACUUUCUGUGUCACAGGCUGGGGUUUGUGAAUUGCAGUUGCCAACUAGAUGCUCCGGAGGCUUAUGUUUCGUAACGGAAAAAUGCUGCAUUCUGCUUUUUCUCUGCAGUGUCGAUGUGAGGGAAGCCCAGGGGGGUGGGGGAGGGACAGUUAAUAUGACCAAAUAUGAAUUGCCAAGUUUCACAUUUGUUCCCUUAGGCCUAUGGGGAGAAGCUACCUAAUUCAGGGACUUCUCAGCUUCAGAUACCAUUUUGCAAGCUUCAGGGUCACCGAAUGUGUUUGAUUUCUUCUUUUACUCUGGAGUUUGCAAGACAUCUGCUUUCCUGGUGGUGUGGCCCAGCUCCACUGACACUGCAGUGGAGUAUACCAGUCAUGCAAUAGAACUGCAUGGGUGUUCACUGCAUGAAUCUCAAUAUUUAAAACACAGGAGAUAACCUAUUUUCCUAGUAGCCGAUACAGUAUUCCUACUUAGAGUAUUAAUAGCCUUGGGAUGGUAUUGAACAGGGGUUUUUCACAUCAAAAGGCAAAAGCCCUUCAUCAGGGUAAAACAAAUAGACUAUUUGGAAUGGGGAACCAAAACUUCUGGCUGGCCCUCUCAGCCCACCUCUGGUCUUUCACUGGGAACACAGACCCUGCCACACCAGGAGAAUAAACAGAAAAGUCAGAGUGUAAACACUCACAUGACUGAACUUUGGGGAUUAAUCUAGUCGUGGGCAUGACUACACAGCUUACCAGGGUCCUGAAGACAGGCAGGUCUGUGGGUUCAAUGUAUAUAAAUAUAUAUCAGCUCUCUCUCUCUCUCUCUCUCUCUCUCUCUCUCUCUCUCUCUUUCUCUCUCUCUCUCGUGUUCCUCUAGCAAGCUAUAGAAAAAAUUGCAUUUGAACAUUGUAUAUGCUUAUGCAAUAUCUUGACACAGGGCAAUUUAUGCAUGUGUUUGACUAUGUGCACUAGAAUAUAUAUAUAUAUAUAUAUAUAUAUAUAUAUAUAUAUAUAUAUACAUACACAAGUGUGUGUAUAUACAUUAUACAUACACAUAUAUAUAUAUUCAUUCUCUGGAGUUCAGAUUCAGGAGCAGAUCUAUUACUCGGUGGGUUGGUGGUGUAAGAAACCCAAUGGGUACAGUAAACCCACUGGGCCUGGGUUUGCUGUCAUUGCCUCAGACAUGCUCCAGUGUUCAUGGAUUCCUAGAUAUUAGAAUUGUCUUUCUGCCCUCCAUGUGCUGCAGCUUCAGUUUCCCACGGCUGAAGCUUGUCUUACUGAGUGCACAAGGGUCCUAUAGCCCUCACAGCUCCAGCUAUCCUGGGCCAGGCCCACCCAGGCCUCCUCCCUAGAAUCCAUCCCAUUAAUCAUCUCCAUUAUUAUCCUCUGCCCCAUUUGAUUCUCUAUCAUUUGGUUCUACAUCCAUCAUUUUCAUGAACCUGUCCAUAGGCGGAUCCUCUGCUUUGAAACCAAGGAGUAAAACUCCUUGGGACCGGAUUCUGCUAAUCUACACUUAAAGGAAGCCUCCUAUUGGUGGAAAUUUCCUAAUUCCAGAACCAAGGGAUGGAUUCCCUAAAUGACCCAAAGCAUCAUUUUGAUUACUAAACUCAGACUCUCUCUCCCUAGCAUACUGAUAAUAAGAGCUGCCCUUUAAAAAAAGAAAGAAAGGAAGGAAGGAAGGAAGGAAGGAAGGAAGGAAGGAAGGAAGGAAGGAAGGAAGGAAGAAAGAAAGAAGAAAGAAAGAAAGAAAGAAAGAAAGAAAGAAAGAAAGAAAGAAAGAGAAAAGAAAAGAAAAGAAAAGAAAAGAAAAGAAAAGAAAAAGAAGGAUGGGUAAAGAAUUAAUCCUCACCCCAAGAACAAAUAAAGAAUGGAUGAGCACUGUGCAGCCUUGAAGUAGAGAGUGUGAUGUGUUGUCCCUAGGAAGAGAGUGGGGAAGGCCUUUGCUUCCCCAUACUGGGUGUCUUUGCCUUUUAACACAGUGGCUUAAAUUCUCACAAACACAAUGAACUGUGGUCAGGCUGUUCAGUAUUGAUUCCAGUCUAGGUCUUGCUGUUCACUAGAUGGUACCUACAGUUGUCUUUGGGGAGGGGGCACCAGCUCAGGGUGCUAGCCCAGGGUGCUCAUUAGUUCCUGGUCACCCAUAUCCCCAGGUGACUGCAGGGCAUCCCAUGCCAGGCACAAAGCCUCUGUGCUUCUCUUCUUCUCCUUUGUGGGAGGUGGUGCUGAAUUUCAUGACAUGGGGUGGAAGGGACAAACUUGGGAUAGUAGAAGGUUAAGGCAAACCAUACAUAAGGUCUAGACCAAGGGAAGUUAGUUAUUCACAAAAGCCUUGGCCUGGGAACCAUAAAAUGUCCACACCCAUGCAUGCACAUGCAUCAUAAAAUAAAUGAUAGAUUAUUGUCACAUACAAAUAUAAAAUACACAGCACACAUGCAAAAUGCACACCAGCCAAAAUAAUAUGAGGCAUAGGCAGAAAAGAUAGACAAAGCAUGUAUAUGCCGCAUAAGCAUGCAAUGUGCAUACCAACAUAGAAUAGCUGCAAGAGAUAUAUUUGCCCCGUGUGCAAAUGCACAGCAUGCAACUCAGAUGCAAAAUAUACAAAUCCAACUGGGGGUCGGGGACAAUGGAUAUACAUGCAAGUUACAUAAGUGAUGCUUUGUUAUUGUUUCUGCACACAAGCUCAGCUUAUAUACACAGUGCACCAAACUAUGCUAGGUACACCAAAACAAAAAACAAAAACAAAAAAAAUAAAUAAACAAACAGUACCCAUGCCCAUGAAUCCACACAAAAUGUAGGCAUUGAAUCAUCAUUGACUGCCUCUGCUUCCACAUCUAAAAAUUGAUAAAUGAAGGCAAGGGAUCAGAUUUAAUUGCUUUUCCUUGCCCAUAUCAAUAUCCCUCAAUAUUCUCCAAGGAGCCUCUUCUUUGGCAUCCAACCUCAUUCCUGAGACAUAACUCCUGAGGUUUCAAGUGGAAAGAUGUGGCACCAUAUCGAGCACUGGAACCUCUGGGUUUUCUACCUUUCGCCUUCCUGCAAGAAUCCCUCAGGGUGAAAGCUGUGGGAACUGCAAGAGCUGGCAACCUCUUGUGGGCUCCCUUGCUAUCCCUUUUCUUUCAAAGAAAAUCUACACUGAGGACCCGAACUCCUCUCCAAGUGUCUGGGAUCUCCAGAUUUCUCCCUAUUGUCUUGAAGCAGUGAUGGUCCAAGAAACUAUAGGAUUCUGAACCCUGAAUCAGGUUGAAAUGCCCCGAUUUUCUUUGAGCCAAAAGAUCUUAUUAACACUCUUUCCAAAGUAGUGUUGUCUGGAUCCAGGUCAGAAAGUUGGAUCUAUAGACUUAGCUCUUAAAAUGCUUUCCUUGCUCGUGGCAUUUCACUUACUCUUAGGCAUGAGUCCAAUGACGACAACUCUUGAUUCAUUCAAUCUAGACUUGUUCUCCCCUUACUUCCCAACCCAGGCUCCCAGGGAACUCAGGCUUCCCAUUCAAGUGUUGUGCCUUGACAAAAUCGCAGACCAGUUUAGCUGAAGUAAAAUGUGGUGGGGGACAUUAAUCUACGGCUAGAGGAGCAGUUAGCAAUUUUUAGAGAGCCUGGUAUUUGUCUUCUAUUCUAACACUAAAUUUAAAUACUUGGCAAUAUUACCCACCAUUACAGAGCCCAGGGGCUUCAUCCUGCUAGUAUUACCAGCUGGGGCCUCUGCAUUUUGGCAAAGGCUUUAUACAAAAUAGAAGUUAAAAGUUGCAUCCAGUCUUGGAUCAAGUUUUGUGGGCUCUGCUUCUAUAUCCCUGAGUAUCUUAACCCUCUGUUCAGGCCUCUAUAGAGGAGGCAAUGAGCAGAUAAUGGACAUGUGGUUCAAAACUUGUACACUUAACACACUGAGACUUGAGUUUCCAAAGCAAGAUAUCAAUUUCCACCAUAGCUUCAUGAGGCCUCUGUGGCCUCAGACAUUUGUAAAAGUUGUAGUUUCUGGGAGGUUGGACAGGAAAGAGUCCAGGAAAAGUAGAGAAAUUAUCAGGAAGAAAAGGCAACAGAGCUGUUGAAUUUCAGAGUAAAUUUAUCAGGAGCCAAGUUUUCAUUGAUUAAUUAAAAUUAAUUCAGGAACCCAAAUUUAAUUUAGUUAUGGCUCUGUGCCUUUCUAGAACUUCAGUGGUGUGUUAGAGUCAAGUCUUAGUGAGAAAAGUCAGAGCUUCUGAAGAUCCUCAGGCAGGGAAUUCAAUGCUACCCAUAGUCGUGGGAAGGAGUUAGAAACACAUCUUCCCCAGAGAAAAACUAUGGGAAGUACAAACAACAUGUGGAGGCCAUGAGGGGAGUGCAGUCCUCUGACGUGUUAGCCUAGGAUAGAGGGUGACCUCAGAGCUCUUCCUCUUCCAGUCUGCAUGGGGGGAAUGGGAUGGCUAAGGCCUGUGAGGGUUCUGAUGUGUAGGGUACUCCAGGUUACACAAUAGAGGUUCCUUUUGAUAAAGUGUUCAUCAUCCAGGUUCGAACUCAUGCCCUUCACUCAUUCACAUCAUUAGCUACCUGAGUCAACCAGGUGUAUAUGCUGGGAGCUGUCUUGGUAGUUAUAGUGACCAUUAUUUAUACCCUCAGACUUGGCCCUUAUUGAGACCAGCACACACACACACACACACACACACACACACACACAGAGAGAGCAGAAAGCAGGGAAGGAGAGGUAAGGGAUCCCUUGCACACUCCUCAGCUAACCUAGUCUACUUUUCCCUCCUUUCUGCUCCCCUUUUCCCUAAAACUCAGCUCCAUCUCUCAUAGUUUGUGUCUAACGUUCUUAAAGAGGAAAUGUGCAAUAAAAGCAAUAGUGACUGUUUUCUUUAGCAAUAGCUCUUUCAAAAAUCUUGCUCUCAGGACUGAAAAGUGAUAGAUGAUACAUACAUCAUCAGAUACGCCCUUGACCUCUGGACAUCUGUUCACGGUUUCUGUACUUCUUCUUCCUACAUGGUCAUAUGAAUGAUUCCUGUCUGCUGAGGUCCGACCUCCCUCUGGAAUGAACAUAUACACAGAGGUGCAGUGUGCACUCAAGGAAGGCCCACAAGAAGGCUUUCUUUUGACAUUCUGUCUUCUUUUUUCAUAUACUUUUUUCAUGUACCUCUGUGUGUGUGUCUGAACCCCUCUCCCACUGCCUUGCCUUUCUACCUUUUCUUCAGCAGUACCCUAGAAACCUUUAGGGACUGAAACCUCACAUCUGAGUGACCUUAUGCCAGCCUGUCUUGUUGAAUUUGUGUCUGUCUGUCAGGUGUAAUGGAAGUCUGUAGGAGAGUGCUUACCAAUAGAUAAGAAUAAAGCAUCCUGAGCCAUUACAGAAGAUCUUUUCCAUGCACUAGAAACCAUUACUUGAUUCUUUCACAGCCCUCUCCAGGGAAAUGAAUACCAAGGAAUGUAGCCAUGGGGUGUACGGAUGGGAUCAGUUACUCAGGCAGAGUUGGGAAUCGCCCUCUGACUCUCAUUCACAAUAGGCUGACUUGAGCAACUAGAGAGACUCCAUCAGAGCUUCAGAGCUUUGGGUAGAGGUGAACAGGCACAGAGGCAUGGGUCGUCAAGGGAUAUCAUUAGUGAAAUAAGCCCCACCUCCCACUACAGGAUGCACCUGUGCAAAAAUAGUUUUUAUAUUUCCCAGGGUUUUGGAAAGGACCCCUUUCUUGAAACAUCUGUGAGGUGAGCUAUUAACAUUCAGACUGGACAGGAAAGGCUGGCAACCCCAGGAGCCCAUUCCAUUCCUUCUCAAUCUACUUUGCUCCACACACCUUUGCAUAGCCUAACGUUGGAAAAUCUCAAGGAGGAGGGUGUCCUGGAUGCUUUGCGAUCCUGGUUAUUUGAGGAGAAAUGGGAAAAUGUGUGGUUCAGCCUUUGUGAUUGGAAAGUAGGAUUCCCUCUUGCCUUAGUUAAGUAAAGCAUUGGGAGGUGACAGAAGACCUUGCAUGGCUCAGAGUCAGCCUUCUAAAUCUCAGUGCUUGGUGCCUGGAAACAGAGGUGAAGCAGACAAAAAGGACAGGCUGAAUGAUGCUAGCUAAAGUAGAUCUGGAAGAGGGCUAAAGGGCACGGCGUGGCAUAUCAGAUGCUGCUGCUCCUACCACUUGCCACUUCCUACUAAAUGUAUAGAAAGACAGUAUAAUUCUUGUCAAUCAAGGUUUUAGUCCAUUGGUCCUGAGUUAUUAGAGGUUUUCCAUAUAUACAUAUACCUGUGUAUAUAUGUAUAGUAUAUGUAUAUAUGUAUGCCAUUAUUUCAAAAAUCAUCCACAAAUAGGCGGUGACAAAUCUCCUCAGUUUCACUAAUGUGGAAUACAUUUGACAUUCUAAGGAAUACGCUGCAUUUACUUGAAUUUUAACAUGACCUUCUUUGCAUUCUUUUCACCUCCCCAGUUCUGCUCUUUUCCGCUUAAAAACUUGUCUAGCAGGCAUUUAUUCAAACAAAAGAACAGGCUCAGGGUCACCUCUUUCCCUUCCCUGCCAGAGGGAAAGGUCGAUUCUUUUCCCUUCCUGCCUCAAGGAUCAAAGGGAAUCGAGAUCCCAGGGCCAGGUGCUUUCUUAGCCUUUAUUCUGUCCGCCUUGGUUGGCUGUAACCUAAUCUCUAAAGACUAGAAGAGUUAUGCCCAACUCUGUAGCUCUAGGGGAGUGGGACACUCAGAGACUUGGCUCAGCACUGGUCUAUUUAGCUUCCUCUUGGUCAGUGUUAGAGUCCUAGGGUUGGCUUUCAUGAAUUCUGAAAUAUCCUCCAUGAAAGGGAGGUGGGGCGGGGAUGGGCUUUGUGGCCUUUGGUAGAACUAAAUCACAUGUAGCUGAGUCUGAUCAAAUGAAAGAACAGAGGGCUGGGCCUAGAGCAACUAAAACCCACUUGUGUCUUUGGAGAUGAGCUGUAGACUGCUGGGUGGGAUCCUAAAUAUGCCCUCCAUUCUGUCUUGCCUAGCAGUGUUAAAGUCAUGGGGAAACACUUUUCUAGGCCUCAUCAUCUCCUUUAUUCUGUGUGCACUUUACUUAGAAGUGGGUGGGAGGGAUUCCUCACUAGUAUCUGAAGCAGUUGAGGUGAUACAGGGGUGGCUGUCAUUUCCCCCACAUUCCCAGAAGCUCGACAAUCUGGUCAAGUGAGCCAUCAUCCAGUAGGAGAAGCCUUUAACCUUGACUGAGCGUGACCAGCCACUAAGUGCUGCGGUUGAAGCAGCCUGUCUCUAUGGCCAUUUCUCGUCCUGCAUGAGCCCUAGCAUGGAAACUAAUCUAACUUCCCGUGCUCCUCCUCACUCCUAAAAUAGUCAGAUAUGUUCCAGCUGAGUGUGCCGCUGAGAAGCCCUUGCAUCAUUCUCCUGACGGAUGCAUAGGGCAGGUGUGAUUACAUAAUACUGUGGACAGCUGCUGCAGCAGCUACAUAAUUAAGGGGAGUAGAGAAGUGGCUGGGUGAUAGGACCUUAGGUAGUUACCCAGAGGACUAUAUGCUGUGUCUCUGGGUCCUUGGGAGAGGCCUCCAGGCCCUGCUUCUCCUUGAAAAUGACUCCCUAGACGCGGCUGCCUUGUUUGUCAGACUGCAUAAACACUCGGGGAUGCAGAGAAAGAAAAGGAGGAGCUUAGGGGAGAUGCUAUUCAGGGGCAUGCUUGGCUAGCAGACAACUACCGUAUUAGCCAUUAAUGUGACUGAGUUCUGGACUUACAAAGUGUAGAGACUCUGACCUGCCAAGUGAGGCUAAAAGGAGCACACGAGUUCAAGGCUAAGACCUGGAAUAGAAAAGCAAGAGGAGAGGCCUGGAUGGCUUUGGCAAGGGUGAGCCUCAGCUCCUGAGAGUUUGAACAUGCUCCGUGCUUGCCCCAGUUCUGCCUUCACGUGGGAGCCGGCGACCCAGUUUCCUUUUGUUGUCGUGCUUGGAUGGUUUCUUCAUUUGAAGGGCUCCGGGAAGCUGGAAAGGCCCAUGAUUGAGCUCCAGCCUGCUGAGCAAACAAUGCCCCAGCCAAAUUGGCCUCUUCCUGGGUUUCUGCAGUCAUGCACCCCUCUCUCCACUGAGGGUAAUCUUGGAACAGCCAGGACGAAUGGUGCCAGAAAGCAAGGAGGAUUCUCUUGUUUCCAUUACAGACAGAGCUGUAAAGCUCAUAAGUGAGGGCUGUUGUGUGCUUAUGUGCUUAUUAUAUAGGCUGGAGAACAUAUCUAUAUAUAAUAUAUUGUAUAUAUUAUAUAUGUGUGUAUAAAUAUAUAUGUUUAUAUUUAUACACACACUGUGGAAAUGGCCGCUCACUUAGGCUCAUGCAGCACAGACUAAUUAGGAUUUCACCGGCUUCUUUGCUGUUCAUGCAUGACUCUGCAUGACUCUGCAGCUGCCUUCCCGUGUCCUGUCUCUAAAAAAAAAUCACUGAAAACUCAAAGAGGAGCGGAAGAUCCAUAAGCCUCUUUGAGAUCAAUAGGGAAAAAGGAACUCCAAGGCUUAUAGCAAAGCUUCCUAAGGAUGAUGCUGAAAGGGAACGUGGGUCUCCAUGGUGAUAAGAGACAGAGAACCAAUGAGAGCUGAAGGCGGAGCAGGACUUGUGUGGAGGACUCAUGGGAACUGGGAGUCAUUUAACUAUUUGUUUGCUUCAUGAAAAUUUAGACACCAGCUGUAACUGCAUUGCACAGGGUGUAUAGAUGUUAUCAUUCUUGCUGACAUAUUCUGGAAGCUUUCAGCCCCACCAACACUGCCCCACCCAGGACUUCUGCAGCUGAGAGUUCCUGUGUCAGUAGGGUCUGAUAUAUGUACAUAGAUUAUACAUAUAUGUGUACAUAUGUGCCUCAAUGAACAUUGCCUGUUCACCUUAUCAUGGGUGUACAUAGACUUCAUAGAGCUCCACAGUCUUUUGUAAAUAUUGACACAAGUAAAUAAGUAUAUAAAUAUAUAUUACUGAGGAUUUAUUUUAACAUCAUUCUGUGUGAAAUGACAAAAAUAAAAUUUUUGACAGACA